AUGUCAUCUUCCAAACGAGUAAGAACUCCUGCUAAUCAAGUCUAUGAUUGCAUCGCUUCGGCCAAAAAAAAUGAUGUGGUUACUCCCAAGCAAUCUAUUAAAAAGCAUGCAACGUAUGGAAAAAAAUCAAGCUCAAAAAAGAUCUCACAUGACAGAGUCUGGGAAUGGGACAAAAUACUAAAGGAACAGUCAAUAGAAGAUAAAGUGAAUUUCCCCAAUGAUCAGCACGUUGAUCGAGAUAGCAAAGCUCCCAUAGAAAAGCUGAGAUGUAAACCAUCAACAGGAACAGACAACCAUGACACCGUUUUCAUAGAGAAGUCGGAACCCCUGUCUAGGAAACCUAAGAUUAGUGUAGAUACUAUAAACAAUACCUCAGAUCAUCUUGAGUUAGAUAAUAAGAGCCGGAGAAAAAGGCGAAAAAAAUCGAUUAGCAGUAGUUUAUCUGUUAAAUCUGUGGACCAUUCUAAAAACUUGAGUAAAAAAGCCUGUAACUUUCCUGUAAGGUCUAAAUUGGAGGAUAUUAGCAAACAUGAUAAAUUUGAGAAAAAAGUUUUAUCUUUAAGCAAUGAGAAAUGUUUACCUUCCAUUAAUCAUAAUUCUAACGAAGGAAAAAUAACACCAAAAUCGUCUGAACAGUCCAAAGAUUUUCCUUUGACUCAGGGCCAAAACCAGUCGAACUUAACCUUGGUUCCCCGGACACCAGAUAAUGCUCAUGAUCUCGAAAUUCCUUCAUCUCAGUCACCAGGAACACCCUUACUACUUUCAUACCAAGGAAUAAGAAAAGCUAGCUCUUCUCCAAAGGAGAAACAAGCAAUUACACCAACUAGGACUAAUGUAAAAAAGAAUACUGUCGUUAGCCCUCAAGAAAAUACAAAUUUCCGCAUUAAGGAUAGUUAUUUUUCAAGUACUGAUAUUAAUUAUACGAAGAAUCUACCCUCCACUCCAAGUCCUCUUAAAUCAAGAUGUACCUGUGUCAAAACUAUACCCGAUUCAUUUUCCGGCAUAAGUCAGAUGAACAAUCUCAUUUCUCCAACAACAUUAAGCUAUCAAAAAUGCUCAGAAAAUUGCGUCUAUGAUUCCCAAACUGUAAAAUUAUUCGGUCUAGCCGCUCAAAAACUGUUUGAAAUGCCAGGGGCUGAGGAUAAAGCAAACGAAAAUCAGCAUGAACCUCCUGAGUUGAAAAAAAAAAUAGAAAUACCGGACUCUGAGGCUGAAAGUGAGGAAGAGCUCGAACAUGGAAAUAAUUUGUCCGCACGACAAGAAGGCUCGAUUGAAGAGAUAAACCUAGAGAAUACCUUUGCCCCAAAGAAUCAAAGUUAUUAUUUUGAAGCAUACACCUCCUCGGUAGAUCCCUCAAGUGAGAUGACUAAGAAUAUUAAUAACUUAGAAGGGAGAUCAAAAUCUCGUUAUGAAGAGACGAUAGAGUCUCAAACGCAUCUCGAAGUAGCGAGACUUGUUGCUCCUGGUGAGUAUUUAGAAGCUGCAAGAAGAGAAGAAGAAUUACCAAGUUGCAAGAUGUUUAGUACAGCUGAGAACUUUAAACCCUUCGAGGGUAGCUUCAAAGAAGAUGGUCACCAGAAUAAAAUAAUUCAAUAUGGAUCACCUCAAAAUCUCUCUCCCCAAUUUGUGACCCAGAUGGCACCAAUAACAAGAGAUUCAGACGUCUUCAUAUCCAUUGAUUCGCAAAGAAUCACUGAAAUUAUGAAUAGGACUAGAAAUCACGAAUUGAGAAGAUAUAAAUUACCACCUUCAGUUCGGCGUGUAUGGUUGUAUGAAAGAUCUCCGGUAUCUGCAGUGAAGUAUGUAGCCGAGAUAAGUUCAGCUAAGCGUCCAGGUGAUAUUAUAGAUCCUGUCGGUAUCGGAAAUAUGGCCUUUAAUGCUAAAAAAAAGACUACAUCUUGGAUUGCUUACGAAAUAUUAGGGCUAUAUGAGUUGGCAAGUUCUCUCACUUUAAACGAACUUCAGGCGAAAGAGUGGCUUAAAAUCGCCCCAGAUCCUACAAAAUGGAUAGAUAUUCAGCCCGCAGUUGUUGAUGAGUUAGUGGCCAAUAUAAAAAGAGAUAUGUUUGAUGGUAUACCUGACUCUAACCCCCCGAUGCCAAUCACAGACGCUCAACAUUUUAAAGAUCCUUUCUUCACGACGGCUGGGAAUCUUACACAAUUCUUAUCCUCACAAGAUCAUUCCAAUGACCAAAUUAAAAAUAACGAAACCAUUUAUAGCACACGUAAAAUUAAAGAGACUAGCCCGAAAUUUAGAAGUGGAACUUAUGCUUCGUCUCAGGCGACAACAGUAGAUCUCACCCAGGCACGGACACCCUCUCAUGGCUCUAAUAUUGAUUACAUUUCAGAAUCACCCUUACAAUCCCAUUCUAUCAGUAGUCCGCUGAGACUUCCUAGGCUUCAAAUAAAUCAUGCACCUCGUAAUUCAAAGCAAGAGACAAAUACCGAUUUUCUGAUGGAAUCACCGCAGCCGUUUACCAAAAGUCAGUUACUACCAGAAAGCUUAUUUAACGGCUUCCCUUCAAUUCCUAUAUCAGAGGAUAUCGAAGAUGAAAGCAGUAAUAAAUGA